UCAGGCUAUACAACAUUGCAAAAUGAUUUCAUUUUGUGUAUUUUUGACAAAUAAUGUUUUGACAACAAUUUUACGUGUUUUUUUCACAGGCCUUUUCCAAAAUUUGUUUAGUUUUCGACUAGAUUGAAGCCCUUUACCAAGCCUGCAAUCAAAUUUUCAAAUGGAUAAUGGCACGACCGUAUCACGAAAAACAAGUUCUCUCAUUAUGUGCCCUACACGCACUAAAUAAUUUAUUCCAAGAAAGAGGUUCAUACUCCAAAUCGGAAUUGGACGAAAUAUGCAAAAAAUUGUAUGAAUGGAUCAAUCCACAUCGGUCGAUGCUGGGACUAGGCAAUUAUGACAUAAAUGUAAUUAUGAGUGCGCUGCAGAAAAAAGGAUGUGCAGCUGUGUGGUUCGAUAAGCGAAAGGAGCCGUCGACAAUCGAUACGUCACAAAUUUUAGGAUUUAUUCUUAAUGUGCCUACGGAUUACAAAAUUGGAUUCGUGGUGUUACCAUUGAAACGAAGACACUGGAUUGCGAUAAGGAAGAUUAACGACCAGUACUGGAAUCUAGAUUCAAAAUUGGAUUCGCCCCAAAGUAUCGGCAAUGAAGACAGUCUUAUGCAAUAUUUAAAAAACGAGUUGCAAAGCAACGAAAAGGAGCUUUUUAUUAUUGUUAGUGUUGAAAUCGAACAGUCACAGAAGUGGUUAAAACAUUCACCAAGUUUAUAGUAAACAAAACGAAAAACUGGCCAUAAAUGGACUAAAAAUUUAUUUAUAAAAAUGUGAACAACGUCUCUAUGUUAAAUCACCGAGUAAUUAUUUAUUUUUACAGUUAUUGCUGAUGGGAUCGUACACACACGUUACAGUAAUACUCUUUUUUUGUUCGAAAGUGUUAUCAAAUAACGACGUUCUGUAAUGUAAAUGUAAUGUUGAAAUAAAAUCAAAACUGAU